AUGGAGGCACCGCUGGCGCCAGGGGCGGCCAACGGCACCAUACGGGCUCCAAGCCCAGCACCACCCUUGAUGGACCCCCAGAUCAUCGUCGACCACCUGGAAAAGGUUCUCAGCGUGAAUCUGGACGCCUCGCCUCAGGAUCUCCGCGCACCCGGCAGUCUGCUCUCCCCGGCCAAACUCACCGAUACGAUACAGCGCUGCUCUCGCUUUGCCUCGGAGGGCCAGUCGGUCCUGUAUCUGAUCAAGGACAAGACGGACGAUGCGCAUGUCGACGCACUGGAUGGCUCAAAUGGCAGGCGCUCCCCGAUACUCUUGAAUGUGGAAGGAUCGAGCACACCACUGACGUCUGCAGGUACCGCCCAGCACUACACGUACACUGUCUCUACCGAACUCACGGCUUCGCGCAACUGCGCUCAGUUUGUUGUCAUUUCCAAGCGCCCGAUACCCAUAGACCCUUCGAUACCCCUUUCCGCCCAAGUCCAUAUUUCCACUUUCCCUGGUUUUAUUCUUCCUAAUAAUGCAUCUUCCCAAGACGGCACUCCCUUGGAGUUUCUUCAUUCCCUCCUUCAGUCUGCCUUUGAACCGUACUUUGACACCUACACCAAGACCCAGCGCAACGGGUCCAGCGCCUACAACAAGGGCGACAAUGAUGCCAGGACCGGCUUUUCAGCGGCCAAGAAGAAGAUGGCGGAAUUGGCGCUCAGCUUGCAGCAUUUGCAGCAAAAUGUUGAGAUCCCAGAGUUGCUGCUGCCCCUGCACCCCAUGAUUCAGAAUGCAUUGGACGAUGCGAAUCAGAAGGGCAUCAAGCCUUCGCCCGACCUCAUUCCCCCGGCCAUUGUGCAGGAUAGCAGUUUUUUGAAUGGGCUUCAGGCGACUGUGAAUGGAUGGAUCAAGUCGAUACAGACCAUUACCAAGACUACGCGCGAUGUGUCAACGGGGACAGCCGCCCAGGAAAUCAACUUCUGGAUUUCCAUGGAGUCGCGCCUGCAGGACAUCGAGACACAGUUGGGGAGUCCGGGUGUAAGGCUGACAUUGGAUGUACUCAAAAAUGCAAAGCGUUUCCAAGCCACUGUGUCCUUCAGUGCAGAUACUGGACUCAAAGAGAGUACCGAUCUGGUGCAAAAGUAUAAUCAGCUCAUGCGCGAGUUUCCUCUUGACCAACUGCUUUCUUCUACCUCCCUAGGAGCGGUCCAGGAAGCCAUUCAGGCCAUCUUCAGCCACAUGAACAAGAAGCUCCGUAUCUGCCCCUAUCCUGUCCGCCGAGCGCUACCUCUCGUAGAGGCUAUUUCUGGAGAUCUCGACAGUCAACUGCACAAACUUCUGCACGGCAAGACCCUUAUGCACAUGGACUACCCCGAGUUUCAGGCCAUCAUGGAGAUUGCAGACAGCAUCUGGCGCACUUGGGAGGAGAAUGUCAAAGAGUUCACCAAUGUUGCUCGUGAAGUCACGAGGCGAAGGAACGAAAAGUUCAUUCCUAUAAAGAUUGCGGCGAGACACAAGGAAACCGAGGAGCGUAUUCGGUACAUCACAACCUUUCGCAAGAAUCACGAGCAGCUGCAACGGACUAUUGUCAGCGUUCUUGGCUCUCAGUCGUCGCUAUCCGACGGUUCGCAAACCAAGGAGUCGGUCAUUAUCGAGGAGAUUGGUGAUGUAGACGCCGUCAAGGAAGUCAAGGAGGCCUACGACGUCCUCAAGGAUGUCGAUGUCCUGGAUGUCUCUCAGGAAGGGAUUCGCCUCUUUGAGCAGGCCGAGCAAAAGUACAACGAGCGCACCUCGCGUGUCGAGAACUCGAUCAUCGCUAGGCUGAGGGAUCGCCUUGGUACCGCAAAGACUGCUAGCGAGAUGUUCCGCGUCUUCUCCAAGUUCAACCCUCUAUUUGUCCGACCGAAGAUUAGGGGAGCCAUCUCGGAGUACCAGACCCAGCUUAUUGAUAAUGUCAAGCAGGACAUUUUAGCUCUUCACGAGCGCUUCAAGCGACAGUAUGGCAAUUCGGAAGCCCAUGCCAUGGCCCAGCUUCGCGACUUCCCUCCCGUCUCGGGUGCCGUGAUUUGGGCCCGUCAAAUCGAGACACAGCUGGAGAGCUACAUGGGCAAGGUAGAGGACAUUCUUGGCAAAGACUGGGCGCUCCAUGCCGAAGGCCAGAAACUCCAGGCAGAGAGUAGCAUGUUCAAGAAGAAGCUUGACACCCGGCCUAUCUUUGAGUCGUGGCUUCAGGAAGUUGCGAGGAGGAAGCUGUCCAUCUCGGGACGCUUGUUUCACGUCAGCAAGAAUCGCGCGGCUGGUAACAUCCUUGAACUCGGUGUCAAUUUCGAUGCGCAGGUUAUAGCACUAUUCAAGGAAGUGCGAAACCUAACGUGGCGCGGCUACCAGGUACCCCAUGGCAUCAACAAUAUCUCCAAGGAGGCUAAGCGAGUCUAUCCAUAUGCUGUCAGCCUAAUGGAGAGUGUGCGCACAUACACUCAGACUGUACGCUCAAUUAGUGAAAUGACUGGCGUCUCGCUUCUGCUGAACAACUAUGUCAACGAUGUUCAAGCAUUGGUCAGCAAGGGUGUACCGCUCAAGUGGGAAUCGUUCGUGCACGCCUACGAUCUGCAUGUACGGCAAUCAGGUUUCCCUGCCGGAGCUGGUAGCAUUCGAAGUGAGAGUAAACAUGUUCAGUUUGUGCGCGACUUCGCUGCCGCAACCUCGCUGCUUCAAAUGAAAGUUUCUACCCUGGUCAGCAUUAAUGCCACGGUCGAGAAGGCAUUAAAGGAUCUUGAGACCUGCCCUUACAACAAGGAUGCUUUCCAGCAGAACCUUGAAACUAUUCAGAAGUCCAUUGAUCAGCUUAACCUGGAGAAUUAUGCCAAUCUGGCCUCGUGGGUUUCUGAUAUGAAUGCGCGGAUUGAAGCUAUCCUCCUCGUGCGACUCAACCGAGCAAUCUCGUUGUGGAUCGAAGUCUUUAACAACGUGGAGGAUAGUGAUGAUACGCGACGACCUGUGAGCCAGCCUGCAUCGACAGAGUCUCCCGAAGUCAAGCCAACCCUGAUGCGUCUCACUCUUGAAAUCACCAUGCGCAACCAGGUCAUUUAUCUCAGCCCACCUGUCGAGUAUGCGCGAGCCAGCUGGCUUGAACAACUCCAGCAAUGGCUCGCGAUCAUUUGCACCCUGCAAAAGAUCAAGGCUUCGCGUUACGAGAUUCGGCUCGAGGCAAAUAGCGAUACAGCAGUCAGCCAAUUCUCUGAUCUUCCUAGUCGAUGCACUGAAUCUUUGAUUGAAGUGUACGGCGCUGUUGAGGGCAAACUUCGUGAGAUUUCCUCUUACGUGGACGAGUGGUUACAGUUCCAGUCUCUCUGGGACCUGCAAUCCGAGCAUGUAUACGACAUCCUGGGCGAGGACCUUUCGCGCUGGCUCCAACUUCUACAAGAAAUUCGCAAGACUCGUGCUACCUUUGACAAUUCCGAUAUUAGCCGUCGCUUUGGUUACGUCACAGUCGACUAUGACCAAGUGCAGGUCAAGGUGAAUGCCAAGUACGACCAGUGGCAGCAAGAGAUUCUCAUCAAGUUUGCGGGUAGACUGGGUCAGCGCAUGAACGAUGUCUACGUGCAAAUUGAGAAGGCACGCAAGGACCUUGAGAUGCAGACACUUGAAGCUUCUUCGACUGCCCAGGCUGUGUCGUUUAUUACGACUGUCCAGCAAUGCAAGAGGAAGGUUAUGGAAUGGGAGCCCGAGAUUUCGACCUUCCGACAAGGACAGGCUACUCUUGCACGACAACGAUACCAGUUCCCUCCAGAUUGGUUGCAGAUGGAGCAGAUUGAUGGCGAAUGGCAGACUUUGACUGAGGUCCUGGAGCGCAAGACCAAGAUUGCCAAUGACCAGGCCGACGCACUACGUGCCAAGAUCGCCGCGGAAGACAAGGUCGUCAACCAGAAGAUCGUCGAUAUUACCGGCGAGUGGGCAGAGAACAAGCCUGUUGCUGGUAACCUCGCGCCCGCCGAAGCUUCUCAAAUUCUAGCGAAGUUCGACCAGAAGCUCAACCAGUUGCAGACUGAAUCUGGGAACAUUUCCAAAGCAAAGGAGGCCCUCGGACUUCCCCCAUCGCCUGAAAAUGCACUGGAGACUUUGCUGGAGGAAGUGCAGGACUUCAAGUCUGUCUGGUCUGCACUUGGCACCAUCUGGGCCAGCAUUAACGAUCUUCGUGAUGUCCUUUGGACGAGCAUUCAGCCCCGCAAACUUCGUCAGAAUCUCGACAACCUAGUCAAACUGACCAAGGACAUGCCUAGUCGUAUGCGACAGUACCAAGCUUUCGAGUAUGUACAGACUACGCUCAAGCAACUUCAGAAGGAGAAUGCCAUUCUUGCUGAGUUGCGAUCUGAUGCCGUACGUGAGCGCCAUUGGGUCCGCAUCUUCAAGAGUUUGAGGCCGCACAAGCGGUACUCUGCCAUAUCCCUGACUCUGGGAGAUGUCUGGGACUUGAAGCUGGGGCCCAGUGAGAAGAUUAUUCGCGACGUCAUCACCCAGGCGCAGGGUGAGAUGGCUCUCGAAGAAUUUCUCAAGCAAGUUCGUGAGACGUGGCAGAAUUAUGCGCUGGAGCUCGUCAACUAUCAGAACAAGUGUCGACUCAUCCGUGGCUGGGACGACCUCUUCGCAAAGUGCAGUGAGAACCUCAAUUCUCUGCAGGCUAUGCGACAUUCACCCUACUACAAGGAAUUCGAAGAGGAAGCUUCAUCAUGGGAGGACAAGCUCAAUCGCGUACACGUCCUCUUUGAUGUCUGGAUCGAUGUCCAACGCCAAUGGGUGUACCUUGAAGGCGUCUUUACUGGAAACGCCGAUAUCAAACACCUCCUUCCCAUGGAAUCCUCGCGCUUCCAGAAUAUCAACUCUGAGUUCCUGUCUGUCAUGAAGAAGGUCUCACGCCAACCCUUUGUCCUCGAAGUCCUCAACAUCUCAGGUGUGCAGAAGUCCCUUGAGCGCCUCGCCGAGCUUCUCAACAAGAUCCAGAAGGCGCUUGGAGAGUAUCUAGAACGUGAGCGCGUCUCAUUCCCUCGGUUCUACUUUGUUGGUGACGAAGAUUUGCUGGAGAUCAUCGGUAACAGCAAUGAUGUCAUGCGUAUUGCUAAACAUUUGCGCAAGAUGUUUGCUGGUAUCUCCGGACUGAUUACCGACGAAGACGGCGUGAUCAAGGGAUUCACGUCCAAGGAGGGCGAGGAGGUUAUGCUGAGGAACGAAAUUUCGCUCAUCAAGACACCAAGGAUCAACGAGUGGCUUGGGGCCUUGGAGACGAAUAUGAAGACAACGUUGGCUGAGCUGACCUUUGAAGCCUACGAGGAGUUUUUGCAGCUUGUUGAGGCGGAUGCGAUGGAUCCCGAGGCGUUCAACGAGUACAUUGCCAAAUAUCCCACUCAGGUUGUCGUUCUCGGAACUCAGAUUGCGUGGACCCAUGCCGUGGAGAAAUCGUUGACAGAGGAGGGAACCAGCCUGCCACAGCUCUAUGAGAAGCAAGUCAACAUUCUCAAAUUGCUUGCUGCGGCCGUCUUGGGCGACCUCGCAUCUAUCCAACGUAGGAAGUGCGAGGAUCUCAUUACCGAAUUUGUCCAUCAACGCGAUGUCAUUCACAAGCUGCAGAAGGUAGGCGCGCGGUCACCUACGCAUCACUUGUGGCUGCUCUCCAUGCGCUACUGCUAUGAGCCUGGCAAUGAUCUGCUGCAGCGAUUGAAGAUUAAGAUGGCGAACGCAUCGCUGGACUAUGGAUUCGAGUACCUUGGAGUUGCUGAUCGUCUCGUCCGCACACCCCUUACAGAUCGCUGUUUCCUCACGCUCACACAAGCCCUCUGCCAGCGUCUCGGUGGUUCACCUUACGGGCCUGCUGGUACCGGUAAGACUGAAUCUGUCAAGGCUCUUGGUGUGCAACUUGGUCGCUUCACGCUCGUCUUUUGCUGUGAUGACACGUUCGAUUUUCAAGCCAUGGGUCGCAUCUUCCUCGGUAUCUGCCAAGUCGGUGCUUGGGGCUGCUUCGACGAGUUCAAUCGUCUGGAAGAGCGCAUUCUUUCCGCUGUUUCGCAGCAGAUUCAAAACAUUCAGCUCGGUCUCAAGAAGGGUAUUGAGGAUCCGAAAUCGCAGAUUGAGCUCAUUGGACGCCAGCUCAAGGUCAAUGCGAAUACUGGGGUUUUCAUCACAAUGAACCCUGGCUACGCGGGGCGAUCGAACUUGCCCGACAAUUUGAAGAAGCUGUUCAGAAGUGUCGCCAUGUCUAAGCCGGACAAGGAACUCAUUGCCGAAGUCAUGCUAUACUCGCAGGGUUUCUCGCAGGCCAAGGAGUUGUCGAAACAUGUCGUCCCAUUCUUCGACAGGUGCGCGACUGGUCUGUCCAAGCAGGCACAUUACGAUUUUGGACUACGUGCCCUGAAGAGUGUGCUGGUUAGCUCUGGUGGACUGAAGCGUGCACGCAUUGCUGCUCAGCAGGACUCGCAGAUUCCGGAUGAAGCGAUUAUGGAACCUCAAAUCAUCAUUCAGAGUCUUCGCGAGACCAUGGCACCCAAGCUUAUCCGGUCUGAUGUUGAUCUCAUGAAGGCGAUUCAAGAAGAAUCAUUCCCCGGUGUCGAAUACAUCCCUGCCCCACUGAAUGAGCUGACUGAGGCUAUUCGCAAGGUUGCUGCCAAGGAAAAACUGGUCGUUAGCGAUGCUUGGAUGACGAAGAUUAUCCAACUCUACCAGAUUCAAAACUUGCAUCACGGUGUCAUGAUGGUAGGUUCGUCGGGCUCCGGAAAAUCAACGGCCUGGAGAACACUCCUUGAGGCAAUGCAAAUGGUCGAGGGUGUAGAGGGUGUCAGCCACGUUAUCGAUCCGAAAGUCAUGUCCAAGGAACAACUUUACGGAACACUGGAUAGCACGACCCGCGAGUGGACUGAUGGUCUUUUCACCAGCAUUCUCCGCAAGAUUGUUGACAAUCUUCGUGGUGAGGAUAGCAAGCGCCACUGGAUCGUCUUCGACGGUGAUGUUGAUCCCGAGUGGGUUGAGAACUUGAACUCUGUUCUUGACGACAACAAGCUUCUUACGCUACCAAACGGAGAACGUCUCAAUCUGCCGUCAAAUGUUCGUAUCAUGUUUGAAGUCGAGACGCUCAAAUACGCCACCCUUGCGACGGUGUCUCGCUGCGGUAUGGUCUGGUUCAGCGACGAUACGGUUGACGUCGAUAUGAUGAUUACGAACUACACCAAUCACCUCAAGACGGUUGCCUUUGAUGAUAUUGAAGACGACUCAGUUGCGCCGGGUCAAAUGUCGCAGAAGACGUUGGCAACGCAGGGACUCAUUGCCGAUUUCUUGCACAUCAAGCUCACGCAAGAUCGCUUCGUUGAGAAGGCGCUCAGUAUGGCGAGGAAGUUCAACCACAUCAUGGAGUACACGGAUAUUCGUGCGCUCAACACGUUGUUCUCGCUGCUCAACAAGGCGUGUCGCAAUGUGCUGGAGUACAAUGUCUCGCAUCCGGAUUUCCAGCUCGAGGAUGAGAAAAUGGAGACGUACCUUGCGAAGAAGCUGCUCGUAGCUCUUGUGUGGGCACUGGUGGGUGACUGCCCGCUCUCUGAUCGCAAGCAGUAUGGAGACCUUAUUGCUGGUCUUACGGAUGUAGAGCUGCCACCGCUGAGCGAGUCUACAUCUCUCAUUGACUUUGAUGUUAAGCCUGACAAGCCAGAGUGGGAUAUGUGGCAGAACCAAGUGCCCCACGUCGAAGUCAACACUCACUCCGUCACCCAAACCGACGUUGUCAUUCCCACGCUUGAUACUGUCCGCCACGAAGAUGUUCUUUACUCGUGGCUCGCGGAACACAAGCCACUGCUUCUUUGUGGUCCUCCUGGUUCUGGAAAGACGAUGACGCUGUUUAGUGCAUUGCGAAAACUGCCAAAUAUGCAGGUCGUUGGCCUCAAUUUCUCGAGCGCGACGACGCCCGACCUGCUUAUCAAGACAUUUGAACAGCACUGCGAGUACAAGAAGACGCUUAAUGGUGUGCAACUUACGCCAACCCAGGUUGGUCGUUGGCUCGUUAUUUUCUGCGAUGAGAUCAAUUUGCCGGCACCAGACAAGUAUGGCACUCAACGCGCGAUCUCUUUCUUGAGGCAGCUUGUUGAGCAUAAUGGAUUUUGGAGGACGUCGGACAAGACCUGGGUUUCGCUUGACCGCAUCCAAUUUGUCGGUGCUUGCAACCCUCCCACUGAUGCUGGUCGUACGCCAAUGGGCCUGCGUUUCCUACGACAUGCGCCGCUUAUCAUGGUGGAUUACCCCGGUGAGACGUCACUACAUCAGAUCUAUGGUACUUUCAAUACUGCGGUGUUGAAGAUUAUCCCAACGCUGCGAGGAUAUGCGGAUGCUCUCACGAAAGCUAUGGUUCAGCUUUAUGCCGAGUCACAAAAGCGAUUCACACCUGAUAUUCAGCCCCAUUACGUUUAUUCGCCUCGUGAAUUGACGCGCUGGGUCCGAGGUAUCUAUGAAGCUCUUAGGCCGCUGGAGAGUCUCCCCGUAGAAGGUCUUGUGAGGAUCUGGGCCCAUGAAGCUCUCCGAUUGUUCCAGGAUCGUCUCAUUGCUGAAGAAGAGCGGCAAUGGACCGAGGAAUGUGUACACCGGAUCGCAACUGAACACUUCCCCACCAUCGACGAGGAGAAGGCUCUCGGAGGACCCAUUUUGUUCUCUAAUUGGCUGUCAAAGAACUACGUCCCUGUCGAACGUGAACAGCUACGUGACUUUGUCAAGGCGCGUCUCCGGACUUUCUGCGAGGAAGAAGUCGAUGUGCCGCUUAUCCUCUUCAACGAUGUGCUCGAGCAUGUUCUUCGCAUCGAUCGGGUCUUCCGCCAACCUCAGGGUCAUCUCAUCCUUAUUGGUGUGAGUGGAUCUGGAAAGACUACACUAUCGCGCUUUGUGGCUUGGAUGAAUGGUCUGAGCGUGUACCAGAUCAAGGUGCACGGCAAGUACUCUGGCGAAGACUUUGAUGAAGAUUUGCGCAAUGUGCUGCGUCGCUGUGGUUGUAAGGGCGAGAAGAUCUGUUUCAUCAUGGAUGAAGCCAAUGUCCUUGACUCGGGUUUCUUGGAGCGCAUGAAUACGCUACUUGCUAAUGCUGAGGUCCCCGGUCUGUUUGAAGGGGAUGAGUAUGCUUCAUUGAUGACGGCGAUCAAGGAGGGUGCACAACGACAGGGCACUAUUCUUGAUUCGCAGGAAGAGCUGUACAAGUGGUUUACUGAGCAGAUUGUCAAGAACCUUCACGUGGUGUUUACGAUGAACCCGCCUGAGGAAGGACUCUCGUCCAAGGCGGCUACUAGUCCUGCGCUGUUCAACCGUUGUGUGCUCAAUUGGUUUGGAGACUGGUCGGAUCAGGCUCUCUACCAGGUCGGCUCCGAGCUCACACACUCUGUGGAUCUAGAUCGUACAAACUAUGUCGCUCCCGAUACGAUUCCAAUUGCUUACCGGGGUCUCAGUCUUCCGCCAUCGCACCGUGAGAGCGUUGUCAAUGCCAUGGUUGCGGUGCACCACUCGCUCCGCAGCAAGAACGCUAAACUGCAGAAAACACAGAACCGCAAAAUGUACCUCACUCCACGUCACUUCCUUGACUUUGUCGCGCAAUACGUCAAGCUAUACAAUGAGAAACGCGAGGAUCUGGAGGAACAACAACGUCAUCUCAACGUCGGUCUAGAGAAGCUCCGCGAAACCUUUGACAAGGUCAAGGAGUUGCGGGCUAGUCUUGCGGAGAAGCAGACGCAACUCACGAAGAAGGAUGCCGAGGCUAAUGAGAAGCUGCAGCGCAUGGUCGCAGAUCAAAGAGAGGCAGAACAAAAGAAGGCUUCGUCCAUUGAGAUCCAGGCCAGGCUUGCAAAGGAUAAACAUGAGAUUCAAAAACGUCAAGAAGUGGUAGAACACGAUCUCGCAGCUGCAGAGCCGGCUGUCAUUGAGGCACAAAAGAGUGUGCAGAACAUUAAGCGUCAGCAUCUUACCGAAGUCCGAUCUAUGCAGAAUCCUCCUGCUGGUGUCAAGUUGGCGCUCGAAGCUGUUUGUACAAUUCUUGGGCACAAGUUGCCGGAUGGAUGGAAGACGAUUGUGUCGAUUGUCAGACGCGAUGACUUUAUUGCGAGUAUCGUGCAGUUUGACAACGAGAGGCAGAUGACUGCUGCACAUCGCCGGAAGAUGCAGACGGAGUAUUUGUCCAAGGAAGAGUUUACGUUUGAGAAGGUGAACCGUGCAUCCAAGGCUUGUGGACCGCUUGUACAGUGGGUUACUGCCCAGGUCACUUACUCUGAUAUCUUGGACCGCGUUGGGCCGCUGCGUGCGGAGGUGGACAAUUUGCAGAUGGAGUUGAGAAAGACGGAGGAAGGGGCCAAGGAGACGGAGGUUCUCAUUCAGAAUCUGGAGGACAGUAUUGGGCGGUACAAGACGGAAUACGCGGCGCUCAUUAGUGAGACGCAGGCUAUUAAAACGGAAAUGUCGACGGUCCAGUUCAAGGUCACGCGCAGUGUACGUCUGCUCGACAGCUUGUCUUCUGAACGUUCUCGUUGGGAGGAGAGCAGCAAGAGUUUCGAUUCCCAAAUCGACACGAUUGUCGGAGAUGUACUGGUUGCCGCGGCUUUCAUCGCAUAUGCCGGUUACUACGAUCAACAGUAUAGGAAGGCACUUACGGAAGAUUGGUUCGACCACCUCAAGCACUCGGGUAUCAGCUACAAAUCGCCAAAUCCCUUCACGGAGUACCUUUCGACCGCCGACGACCGCCUCACGUGGCAGCACAAUGGUCUGCCUGUCGAUGAUCUGUGCACUGAGAAUGCGAUUAUCCUGCAGAGGUUCAAUCGCUAUCCGCUUAUCAUCGAUCCAUCGGGUAGGACUACGGAAUUCUUGCAGAAUGAGUGUAAAGAGCGUCGUCUUACCGUCACAAGUUUCUUGGACGAUUCCUUCACAAAGCAGCUCGAGAGUUCCUUGCGGUUUGGUAAUCCGAUUCUCAUCCAGGACGCCGAGCAUUUGGAUCCGAUUCUCAACCAUGUGCUCAACAAGGAGUACCAAAAGACUGGUGGGCGUGUGCUUAUCCAGCUUGGCAAGCAAGAGAUUGACUUUUCGCCUUCGUUCCGCUUAUAUCUCUCCACGCGCGAUCCCUCGGCCAACUUUGCACCGGAUAUCUGCAGUAGGACCACAUUUGUCAACUUCACGGUCACGCAGAGUAGUUUGCAGACGCAGACGCUCAAUGAGGUACUCAAGUCGGAGAGGCCAGAUGUGGAUGAGCGGCGCUCGAAUCUCAUCAAGAUGCAAGGAGAGUUUGCAGUACAUCUGAGACAGUUGGAGAAGCGUCUCCUUCAAGCGCUCAACGAAUCACGAGGCAAUAUUCUCGACGACGACCGCGUUAUCGAGACGUUGGAGACACUCAAGAAGGAAGCCAAGGAUAUCUCCGACAAGGUCUCCGAGACUGCAGGUGUCAUGACCGAGGUCGAAAACAUUACAAAAGAGUACACGGUCGUUGCGAGAUCCUGCUCUGCCAUCUUUGCCGUACUGGAGCAAUUGCACCACCUCAAUCACUUUUACCAGUUCUCGCUGCAGUACUUUACACAGAUUUUUGAGACGGUGCUGAAGAAGAUUCGCAAUUCGUCAACUGUAGGGUAUGCGGCGCGCAUUGAACAGAUUAUAUCGGAGCUGUUUGUUGAUGCAUACCGUCGGACGUCGCUGUCGCUGCUACAGAAGGAUCGCAUUACCUUUGCCAUGUUGUUGGUGCAGGCAGCGCCCUACAAGAUGGACAAGACCCAUAUUGACAAGAUUUUGGAUCCAGAUGUUGUGGGAAUUGAUGUGUCAACCGAGACUGAACGCAAGGACGAGGCUAUGGAACGAGCAAGCAAGAUUCCGAUGUUCAGAGAAGAACUGCCCAAGGUCGAAGCCGCUGCCUGGGACGCUUUCCUCAACGAAGAAUUGGCUGAACGACAUGUACCGCAAGUGUGGCCAGAGGAUCUCGCAAACUUUGACAAGCAUCUUCGCGCUUUGAUCCUCGUCAAGUUGUUCCGUGUGGACCGCUUCGUACCUGCUGUCGAACGCUUCGUUACCGAGGUGUUUGGAAAGGGUCUGCUAGAUGCCAGUGGAGAUCUCGGCGACAUUGUCAAACAAGUCAAUGCAACGACACCUGUCGCCCUUAGCUCCUCUCCCGGCUUCGACGCCAGUUAUAAAGUCGACAACCUCGUUUCGCGUGAACAAGUCACAUGCUCCAAUAUUGCCAUGGGUUCUAACGAAGGUGCCGCAACGGCGGAUAAAGCCAUUGCCAAUGCUGCUACAACGGGCAAUUGGGUGUUGGUCAAGAACGUGCAUCUCGCACCACAGUGGCUGCAGUCGCUAGAGAAGCGACUCGAGGCGCUCAAACCUAACCCAGACUUCCGCCUCUUCCUUUCCAUGGAAUCGAGCCCUAAGAUUCCCGUCAACCUCCUCCGCGCCAGCAGAAUCCUCAGCUACGAGCAACCCGCGGGUAUCCGCGCCAACAUGCGAGACUCGCUCUCGUCGCUCUCCGACCGCGCGACCAAGCCGCCGAUUGAAAAGGCUAGGGUCUACCUGCUCCUCAGCUUCCUGCACGCUGUGGUCCAGGAACGACUGCGGUACGCGCCCAAUCUCGGAUGGAAGGGCUUCUGGGAGUUCAACGACAGCGACUACGAAUGCGCCGCCUUCAUCAUCGACGUCUGGGUCGAGCGUGUGGCUGGCGGUCGAUCGAACAUUGCGCCCAGCAAGAUUCCUUGGGAAAUGAUACGCACCCUCAUUACGGAAAUGUACGGUGGCAAGAUUGACGAUGAGGCAGAUUACAAGACAUUAUCGCAGCUCGUGGAGCGCGUCCUCACGCCUGCGGCGUUUGAGGCCGAUUGGGAACUGGUGCCUAGAACUGGUGGUGCCGGUGCAGAGGCAGGUGGCCUCUGUCUCCCGAGUGAAACCGGGUGGAAGGCGUUUAUGCAGUGGGUGGCCGAGUUGCCGGAACGCGAACCCCCGACUUUCCUGGGCCUGCCGGGCAAUGCGGAGAAGUUGUUGUUGGUGGGCUGGGCUGGUGGGGUUGUCGAGGGGUUGAGGAAGGUUGGGGGGAUGUUGGAUGAGGGUGAGGUUUUGGGGGGUGAUGCGGGUGUGGAGGGUGAGGGGGCGGGGGAGACGGUGGGGGCUUGA